UUUUUUUUCUUCUUUUUUUCUGGCUUUCUUACAUCAAACAGACAAACAAACCAACAAACAAACGAUGGGUUUCUGUGCAAAGUGCGGUGAUAUCAUCAAGGGCGGUGCUGGUGCGCGAUGCCCGUGCGGCGGCAAUGCUGGAUCAACGCUCACAGACAUGAACGACGGCAAGGACAACCGCGGCGACUCUCACAGCAAUGCGUAUCUCUCGUCGGGACUUUCGCAAGGCGUCGAGAAAGGUCUGCGCAAGAUGGUUGGCAUGGCCGACGUGUCGUCCGAGUGCGACUGCGAGGGCUGCGGGCAAAAGCUGCGAGGUAACGGUGACAUUUUCCCCGGACGCGACGACAACAAGCCUUACUGCGAAUCAUGCUAUGGACAUCGCUUCAAGAUUGGCGAUUGCGAAAAGUGCCACAAGCCUGUCCUUGGCCUUGGCAAGCAAUACGUCCGCGAAGGCCCAAAGAAGAUCUGGCAUCGCGAGUGCUACGAUGGCCACGGGUGCUCGUCUUGCGGCGAGACCAUCAUGGGCCAGGGCGUCGACGUUGACGGUCAAAAAUGGCAUCCCCAGUGCUUCUCGUGCUACGAGUGCCGCAUCAACCUUGCCUCGGAGGGCUCCUUCUUCCCCGUCGACGGCUACAUUAUGUGCAAGGACUGCGCGCCCAAACACCGAACUGUCACUGUGACAAAGCAGCUUGGCGCAGCUGGUCGUGGUGGCAGCGGCAGCGGCAGCGGCAAUGGCGGCAACGGCGGAGGCUCGGGUGCCUCCAACCGCGAGCUGAACAACGCGGCGGCACAAGACCGCCAGCGCGAGCUGGAUGCUCUGCGCAACUCUGUCGACACCUUCUCAGUGUCUGAAAAGUGCGGCAAGUGCCACGAAGUCAUGUACGGCAACGGCGUCAAGGCCCCGAGCGGCGCCAUUUUCCACGACGACUGCUUCUUGUGCAGCGGCUGUGGCAAGGACUUCCCCGACCGCCGGUUUAUGGAGAAGGACGGCAAGAUUUGGCACUCGGAUUGCUUCAAGAAGGCCAACGCCGUUGGCUGCGGUAUUUGCCACCAGCCCAUCUCGGGCUCCAUGCUGGAGUACCACGGUUCCAAGAUCCACUCGGCAUGCUUCAAGUGCUCGGACUGCAACAAGAGCCUCGCCGGUCAGGCCUUUGCGGAAGUCAACAACAAACCAUGCUGCUCUGGUUGCGCCACCAAGAACACAAAGAUUGAGACGGGCAAAAAGGGCGGCUUUACCGUCAACCAGGUCACUGGCAACAAGGAGCAGCGCGAGUACGGUGGCAUGCGUUUUGGCGGCACCGUCACCAUGGAUCCCGGCGCGGGCCCUGCCUGCGGUCGCUGCAAGAAGCCAGUGUACGUUGCCGAGCGCGUUCUGGGCCCCAGCGGUGCACACUGGCACAAGGCCUGCUUGACAUGCCACGACUGCGCUACUCCGAUCGCCCAGUCGACCCUCACUGAGGUUCGUGGCGAAGCCUAUUGCAAUCUGUGCGCCGUUAAAAAGUCGGGCACCAAGCCUGUUUUCUGAGUGCUGGUCGACGGUUUUGUCCGAUGCAGCCUCUUUGUGGGAGGUUUUUUGACUCGUUUCUGUGGCAGAUGGGUUUUGUCUGUUCGUUUGUUUGUUUUCUGUUUCGGCUUCUUGUAAAGUUUCAUUGUUUUUGUUUUGUUGCGCUGCCUGCUGCUUCACCACUGCGCUUCCACCACCAAAUUGAAAAACAAAAAAGUACAUAAAAAAGCUUUAUACUACUAAAUUGUAUAAAUACAAUGCCAACGUUUGUUGUGCACGAG